CUAACAAACACCCCUGACACGGGAGAGCACCACCCGGUGACCAGACCUGCGACCAGACCAGCCAAGACCACCUCCUCCGCCUCCACCUCCACCUCUCUCCUCACUCUCCUCCUCCUCUUCCUCUCUCUCUCUCUCUCUCUGUGUGUGUGUCUGUCUGUCUCUCUUCACUUCGCUCGCUCGCUGCUUGCGCGCCGGCCGCCGGCAACGACCUCGUCGUCGCCAUGUCGCAAGGAGAAGGGGACUCGGACCUGUCCGCGGAGCUGUGGCGCGCCUGCGCGGGGCCGCUCGUGGAGGUGCCGCAGCGGGACGAGAGGGUGUUCUACUUCCUCCAGGGCCACCUCGAGCAGCUGCAAGAGCCGACGGACCCGGCGCUGCUGGCGGAGCAAAUCAAGAUGUUCCAGGUGCCCUACAAGAUCCUCUGCAAGGUCGUCAACGUCGAGCUCAAGGCCGAGACGGAAACGGACGAGGUGUUCGCGCAGAUUACCCUGCUGCCGGACCCGGAUCAAGAGAAUCUGCCAACAUUACCUGACCCGCCGCUGACGGCGCACCGGAGGCCUGUGGUGCACUCCUUCUGCAAGAUCCUGACUCCGUCCGACACCAGCACCCAUGGUGGAUUCUCCGUGCUCCGACGGCAUGCCAACGAGUGCCUCCCGCCACUGGAUAUGUCCAUGGCGACACCGACUCAGGAGCUCAUCACGAAGGACCUUCAUCGAUCUGAGUGGAGGUUUAAGCACAUCUAUAGGGGCCAACCCCGUAGGCAUCUUCUGACAACCGGAUGGAGCACAUUUGUGACAUCAAAGAAGCUGAUUUCUGGUGAUGCGUUUGUCUACUUAAGGAGUGAGACAGGAGAGCAGCAUGUUGGAGUGAGGCGUCUUGUACAGAAACAAAGCACGAUGCCGGCAUCUGUUAUAUCAAGCCAAAGCAUGCAUCUUGGUGUGCUUGCGAGUGCAUCACAUGCUAUCAAGACUAAUUCCAUUUUCCUAGUAUACUACAGACCAAGGUUAAGCCAAAGCCAAUAUAUUGUCAGUGUGAAUAAGUACCUUGCAGCUAGUAAGAUUGGAUUUAAUGUGGGCAUGAGGUUUAAGAUGAGUUUUGAAGGGGAAGACGUCCCAGUUAAAAAGUUUUCUGGAACUAUAGUUGGUGAAGGUGAUCUUUCCCCGCAGUGGUCAGGUUCCGAGUGGAAGUCCUUGAAGGUCCAAUGGGACGAAGUUACAAAUGUUAAUGGCCCUGAGAGGGUUUCCCCUUGGGAAAUUGAAAUAUGUGAUGCCACUGCACCUGCCAUCAAUGUACCCCUUCAAUCGUCAACGAAAAACAAGCGGCUUAGGGAGCCAAGUGAAACUGUUGAUCUUCAAUCACUGGAACCAGCUCAAGAAUUUUGGCUGUCUGGAAUGCCACAACAGCAUGAGAAGACAGGUAUUGGUUCCAGUGAACCUAAUUGUAUCUCUGGACAUCAAGUUGUUUGGCCAGGCGAGCAUCCAGGAUAUGGUGCUGUGAGUAGUAGUUCAGUUUGUCAGAAUCCGCUGGUACUUGAAAGUUGGUUGAAGGAUUUCAAUUCUUCAAGCAAGGGUGUUUCCCCUACCUUGUCAGAGAUUUCUCAGAAACUUUUUCAGGUUACCAGCAAUGAAGCAAGAGUUGCUACUUGGCCUACCCGUUCUGCUCAUCAAGCUGAGGAGCCUACUUCAAAGUUGUCUCUGAACACUGCUGUCUGUGGUUACCGAACUGAAGAAGUUGCUCCAAAUGCAUCCAAAGUUGUCGAAGGGAAAAAGGAACCUAGCAUGUUUCGUCUGUUUGGUGUAGAUUUGAUGAAAUGUACCAGCGUAUCUACUACUACUGACAGUGACAAGUCAAGUGUGGGGGCAGGAGAAACUUCAACGAAAGGUACUGGUUCUCACGAAGACUCUGGUCAGCUGUCAGCAUUCUCAAAGGUGACAAAAGAUCAUAUUGCUGUCGAUGAAAGCCCCCGAGAGAUCCAAAGCCACCAGAAUUACACUGGAAGAACUCGUAUAAAGGUUCAAAUGCAUGGAAAUGCUGUGGGUAGAGCUGUGGAUCUAGCUAAUCUAGAUGGAUAUGGACAACUGAUGAACGAGCUGGAGGAACUGUUCAAUAUAAAGGACCUCAAACAAAAAUGGAAGGUGGCUUUCACUGAUGAUGAGGGCGACACAAUGGAAGUUGGAGACGAUCCUUGGCUCGAAUUUUGCCAGAUGGUCAGAAAGAUUGUGCUCUAUCCCAUUGAAGAUGAGAAGAAGAUCGAGCCUCAGCCGAAGUUACUCCCCGCUGCUAAUCAAGAGCAGGAUCACAAGACUGCACUUUAGAAAGGGGGGCUAGGGCUGAAAGGUGGAUUUUUUAGCCUUUCACCGUUGAAGCGUUGGUGCCUGUCAUUUUGCCAUCGGAGAUGGUCGUAGCUGAAAAAUGGUGGCUACUGGCUAGUUCGUCUUAUUGAUGCAACAGAUUUGUUGCUGGUCUCAGCUGUUUCUUCACAAACAUUUUGAAGAAGAAUUGAUGUAACAUAGGUUUCCAAGGAAAAAAAAAAGCCUUGACAAUGUCUCUUUAGUAGUUUGCUCAAGUUUAGUCAAAACCUUAAUGGUGCUUAAGGAAUAACGUGAAGUUUAUAAAAACUGGUGUGUAAGUUCUGUAAAUAUUAUAAGGGAGAUUAUAAUUUUAUGACAUUAGCUUGCACCCUUUAAUUUAGUGGUAUAUUAACAUGUA